AUGUUUGGUGCCAGCUCCGCCCCCGGGACCGGGUUUCUGGGCCAGAACAAACCGGCCAGCUUCCUGUUUGGGUCCUCCAACACCAACAACAUGAACGCCAACAACACCAACAACACCGCCCCCAACAACAACACAAACGCCGCCUCGGGAUUUUCGCUUGGCGGCAGCAAUGCCAACUCGGCCUUUGGAAACAAGCCGGCAGGCUCGGGGUUCGGCGCAAAUGCCCCGGCGGCUUCGGGGAACCUAUUUGGUGGCUCCAGCGCCGCUGCAGGAUCCGCCCCCUCCUCCGGGGGCCUUUUUGGAAAUACGGGCACAAACACAGGCAACGGCGGCACGGCGCCCGGCGGCUUGUUCGGCGCCCCUGCCACAAACACGGCGCCGGCCACAGGCACGUCUCUUUUCGGCGGCAACAACGCGGCCAGCAGCAGCACCGCGUUCGGCAAGCCCGCCGGUGGGCCGCCCGGAGCCCAGCCAACCACAGGCGGCGGGCUUUUCGGCUCGUCGCAGCCCGCCCAGCAGGGCCCGGCGGCGGCAGGCGGGCUUUUUGGCGGCGGCUCUGUGCCUGCGCAGCCAUCUGCUGCGCCAGGAGGCGGUUUGUUUGGCAACAAAAGCACGUCCGGCGGGCUCUUUGGCGCGCCGCAGGCCGCCAAUGCCGCCCCCAAUUUUGCCCUCAACAACAACAACAACAACAACAACAACAACAACAACAACAACAACAACAACAACAACAACAACAACAAUCCCGGGAUGCCCGGCAGCACGGCCAACAGCGCGCAGCCCGCGUUCAGCUGGUCCGGCCAGCAGGCGCCCGGCGGCCCGGCCAGCACGUUGAGCGGCUUGGAAAUCAAGCUCCCGGCCAGCUCCAAAAGCCAGCCGGACGCGUCUAACUACACGCCGGCCGUCAACGACCAGUUGACCAAGCUCCGCGAGCAGUGGGACCCCCGGUCCGCAAAGUGCGCGUUGAAGACGCAUCUCUACAAUAAGUUCAGCGAGCAGGAGAUCGCCGUGCUCUUGCAGCAGCCGCGGCCUGCCAGCGAGUCCCCCGAGGACUGGGAGAAGGCCAUGGCGCAGCGGCCGUCGCCGCUCCACUACCCCGUGAAGGUCACGUCCUUCACGGAAAUGGCGCAGCGGGUCGAGGUGCAGUUGGAGCAUGUGGCCAAGUCGCGCGUGUUCCUCAACAACAUCUACGAGAAGCAGGCGCAGUUGUCGGCGCAGCGCGACUUGGACACCACCACGCGCAUUAUGAAGGCCAAGGCGCGCCACACCAAGCUCUCGCGCCGCUUGUUGAAGUUGGCCACGCUCUUGGCGGUCUUGAAGCUCAAGGGCUACCCGUUGUUGCCGGAGGAGGAGGAGAUCUCGCGGCAGUUCCAGGUGUUGAACGCGGCGUUGAGCGACCCCAACGGCGCCGUGGGGAAGCUCAGCGACCUCUACGCGCGCUUGGCCAUCUUGAAGGGCCGGAGCGAGGACUUGUCGUCGCAGUUGGAGUCGUCCAUCACGACCAUGAACGGCGGGCUCAACACGCUCGCGAGCUCCUCGUCUGCUGCCGCGGGCGAAGGCGCCACGCCGACCGAGCAGGCCAUCCUGCUGUUGACCAAGCUCUUGUACAAGCAGCAGAUCGGCCUUGGCUACCUCAACGACGUGGUGCAGCAGGACUUGGCUGCCGUGGACAGGCGCACCAAGUAA